AUGCGAAAGCUCUGCGCGUUACGGAGGCCCAAAGGCAGUUUUGAGAUAGUGGCGAUUGAUAAUGACUAUUUUCUAGUCAAGUUUGGAUCCAAGGAUGACCUCGACUUCGCCAAAUUCGAAGGGCCAUGGAUGAUCCUCGAUCAUUAUUUGAUUGUUAAGGAAUGGGAGCCAAACUUCGACCCCAUGACAGACAAAACUGAGAAGGUAUUAGUGUGGGUGCGCUUUCCAUGUCUCCCCAUCGAGUAUUAUAGUGGGAUCUUCCUCUGGAAAGUUGGUGACAAGAUCGGAUGUCCAUUCCGGGUGGAUCAUGCCACGAGCCAGGCGUCUGGAGGGAGAUUCGCGCGGAUCUGCGUCGAGAUAGACAUUACCAAGCCGCUGUUGUCCAUGUUUACUCUCGAGGGGAAGCGCCGAUUCAUAGCCUACGAGGGAUUGCAUCUGGUGUGCUUCGGUUGUGGGAAAUAUGGCCAUGCGCAAGAUUCUUGUCCGGCCACGAAGAGCUGCGCGACUCCAGAUGGGAACGAGAAGGGACCUUCCAUGGCAGAUAAGGAAGUGGCUGUACAGAUCACCGUGGAUACGGAGGCAACCUCAAAGCCCAAUGGCUCAUAG